AUCUUCCCUUUGGCUCCUUUUUAAACUCCGCUGUAAGGACCCAGUGAUGACCGUGUACCAGCCCCGGGGGACCCCUGGUCCUCCCCCGGUGCGGGCCUGGGCUUAUGCUACCGCAGGCACUCGCUGCCCAAGUCUCCUCGCUGUCAGUCCUCCCCUCCUCCUUCGGCAUCUGCUCUGCAUUAGUCUGUCCCAGGCCUCCGCAGGCGCCGAUGAUUAAAUCAUCAUCAUUACCCAGGGCCUAUUCCCCCCACCCCCGGCAGCAGGGAGAAAGCGGGGGCUAAGAUCGCCCCGUUCCCGGGGGUCUCUCCCUCCCCACCCCGCCCAAGGCACCCUCUCCCGGACUUCGUGAAGCCGGGAGAAGUCCCGCGGCGGAGCGGGGAGAAGGCCGGUCCCGCGGACACAGCCCGGCGGCGCGGACGCGCGGCCACGCGGCGCGGCACUGCAGGUUGAGGACGCGGGGUCAGAGGCGAGGUCGCGUCCCGGGACUCCCACGCGCCGGAGCUGCAGCGGCGGGCGACCGCUCGGGGUCAGGGCGGGCACAGGCUCUCCAUCCCUGGCUCCUGAAGUUGUCCAGGGGCGCGGUGCGCACCGUCGGAAGGACGCGGGGAGCGCACAGACGGGGCCGCCCCACGGCCCCCCACUCCCUAGCGACCCCGGCGGGGGGGCCAGCAGGCUCAGGGGGGCCAGAUUGCGAUCGCGAUGAGGCUUCGGAACCAGCUCCAGUCAGUGUACAAGAUGGACCCGCUACGGAACGAGGAGGAGGUCCGGGUGAAGAUCAAAGACCUGAACGAACACAUCGUCUGCUGUCUCUGCGCCGGCUACUUUGUGGACGCCACCACCAUCACAGAGUGUCUCCACACCUUCUGCAAAAGCUGCAUCGUGAAGUACCUGCAGACCAGCAAGUAUUGUCCCAUGUGCAACAUCAAGAUCCACGAGACGCAGCCGCUGCUCAACCUGAAGCUGGAUCGGGUCAUGCAGGACAUCGUGUACAAGCUGGUACCGGGCUUGCAAGACAGUGAAGAGAAACGGAUUCGGGAAUUCUAUCAGUCCCGAAGCUUGGACAGAGUCACCCAGCCCAGUGGGGAAGAGCCAGCCCUGAGCAACCUUGGCCUCCCCUUCAGCAGUUUUGACCACUCUAAAGCCCACUAUUACCGCUAUGAUGAGCAGCUGAGCCUGUGCCUGGAGCGGCUAAGUUCUGGCAAAGACAAGAAUAAAAAUGUCCUUCAGAAUAAGUACGUCCGGUGUUCUGUUAGAGCUGAGGUACGCCAUCUCCGAAGGGUUCUGUGCCACCGCCUAAUGCUAAACCCACAACAUGUACAGCUCCUUUUUGACAAUGAGGUUCUCCCUGAUCACAUGACAAUGAAGCAGAUAUGGCUGUCCCGCUGGUUCGGCAAGCCAUCUCCUUUGCUCUUACAAUACAGUGUGAAAGAGAAGAGGAGGUAGGGGCCAGGCCUGCUUCCCACCUCCCCCUCCCCAGAUAUUUAUGUGAAAUUAACUGUGGCUUUAUUUUUUGAAAUAAAAGCUUUUAAAAAGCA